AUGGCGGCUCCCAUAGCGCCCUUGAUUUCUAUACGGUGCAUGUGGAGGAUUUACCGGUGUUCUCGGCAUCUGCACUACGGUGCCCGGUGGGGGGCGUUGGGGGUACAAAAGACACCCCGUUUGUGGAGUCCUUGGGCAGCUUCUAUUAGCCAGUUAGCCGAGGCUUCGAUACCAAACGGGGAAAUUAACCUACACUCCAAAGCUUUAGAAGAAUGCACCGGACCUUUACAGCAUUAUGAUUAUCUUGUUAAGGAAGCAGUAUUAAGAAAAGAUGAACAUCAAAGGAGAGUAAUGCAGCAGUUGGAUAAGCUUCAUGAAGACCUCAGAGGGUACAAGAUAGACUCGAAAGGAGUUUUCUCAAAGAUUUUUACCAGGCGAAAACCUCCCAAAGGACUGUAUGUAUUUGGAGAUGUGGGCACUGGAAAAACAAUGGUAAUGGACAUGUUUUUUGGACAUGUUGAAGUUGAACAAAAAAAGCGAGUACACUUCCAUGGAUUUAUGCUUGAUGUCCAUACUCGAAUUCAUCGCCUUAAGAAAAGUUUACCAAAGAGAAAAGCAGGAUUCAUGACCAAAACCUACGACCCCAUUGCCCCAAUAGCUGAAGAAAUCAGCGAAGAAGCCUGUCUUUUGUGUUUUGAUGAAUUUCAGGUAACAGAUAUAGCUGAUGCCAUGAUACUCAAACAACUGUUUGAAAAUCUGUUUAAAAAUGGAGUUGUGGUUGUGGCGACUUCCAACAGACCGCCGGAAGACCUCUAUAAAAAUGGACUUCAGAGAGCUAACUUCGUACCAUUCAUCUCUGUGCUGAAGGAAUACUGCAAUACAGUUCAACUAGAUUCUGGAAUAGACUACAGGAAAAGGGUUCUUUCUGCUGCUGGUAAAGUAUAUUUUCUCACAAGUGAAGCUGAUGUGGAAGCCGUCAUGGAUAAGUUGUUUGAUGAGCUGGCUCAGAAACAAAAUGAUGUAACAAGACCAAGGAUUCUGAAAGUGCAGGGCAGGGAACUGAAGCUGAGUAAAGCCUGUGGAUCCAUUGCUGACUGUACGUUCGAUGAACUCUGUGACCGUCCUCUGGGUGCCAGUGACUAUUUGGAAAUGUGCAAGGCUUUUGACACUGUUGUCAUCCGACGUAUUCCACGUUUGGACAUGACAAAGAGAUCACAGGGUCGAAGGUUUAUAACCCUUAUUGAUGCCUUCUAUGAUCAUAAGGUUCGUGUCAUCUGUUCAGCUGAUAGACCUCUGCAAAGUUUGUUUCUGCAGAAGCUUAGUGAUCAUGGAGAAACAGGAAGCAGCAGGAUACUAAUGGAUGAUCUGGAGCUGAGUGAGGAUAUAUCUGGAGAUCUUUCCAUGUUCACCGGAGAAGAGGAAAUAUUUGCAUUUCAACGUACAUUGUCUCGACUUACAGAAAUGCAGACAGAGCAAUACUGGAGAGAUGGAGAGAGAAGUCAGAAUUAGUUUUCACUAAUCGCCAUGAUUAUGCCGCAAUUCAGCAAUUUGUCGAGAGAUGACAUUUUAAAGCUUUUGCAUUUUACUCAGAUCUCAGGACCAUUACUAAUAAUAUUGUGGAUCCCUGUGUUGUAUUGAUACAGGAUUCUUGCACGUAUCCAGCAAACUGUGUGGAGUGGCGUUAUACCUGUGAAGUAGAGAGUAACCAGCAGUUAUGUGACAGAAUCGUGCCAAGCCAAGUGAAUCACCCAAGAGCCUUUCUUAAUUAUAUGAUAUUUUUAGAUACGCUAAAAUUCCUACUCUAUUUGGGCAUGAUAUCAUACCUACCAAGUGUCCUACUUUAGG